UAUUAUUGAUUGCAGUAAAAAGAAGAAGCAGGAAAAGCAAAAGAAAGGCGCAGCUCGUAAAAUCAAAACUGUUCAAAACAGAAUUUUUCGAAGAAUUAUACUGAAAUUUAGUUAACUAAUUAUCAGAGGACAUGCUCUAAGUUCCGGGGAAGACCCCAUUCAUUGAGUUUUAGUAUUUUGAGUGACGCUUAGCGAGUAUACGCUUUAGGAUUGCCUAGACCGAAAAUUCGCCGAUCCAACCAAAGAUACUUCCAGAAGUCCGUUCAGCCGUAUAGCCAUCAUGACCAACCUGGAAAAGCAGCAUGAGAUGGUAAAGCGCAGCUUGGUGCAGUUCAUCAGUGGCCACAUCCCAGGGGCCGACUUUAGCGUUGUGGACGAGAUCGUCUUGUCGUACAUCAUCUCGAUAUUGGAAGAGGCCUCCCAAGAUCCAUGUUUUGAUGUCGAAGGCUUCGUUGAGAUGAUGGGCGCCUACUUCGAGGAGUUCCCCACUAUUGACCAGGGCAUCAUCUGCGACUGGAUAUACAAGUUGGCCAACGAGCUUACGGAGAUGGAGAAAAACCAGGGAAGCCAUGACACCGUGAGCCUGUCUCUUAACUCUCUAAGUUUAUCAAGUAUUAUUCCGGAGUCCAGGCUGCGUGCCCGCAACUCAUCCACUUCUGAAAAGGACGAGCUCUCAUCGAACAGCAGCAGCAGUGGUGGCGGUGGAAACAAGCGUUCGCAGCACCUGUCGGAGACCAGCGAUGGAGGUUCCACCGACAGCUCCAGCUCAACUUGCGACUACUUCCUGGAUGAGACCGAAGUGCUCCAGGAAAUGUUUCCGGAUUCGGCGAUUGCUGAGAUCAAGCAUUGCAUCGCUAUUUCCAAGGGUGACAUCGAUAGCGCCACCCAGAUUCUCUUGCAUCGCCAGGAGACCAACCAGUCCAUUACUGACAAGUCGCACACUACUUACAUCAAAAAGAAUGUUGUCGUCGACGAUAAUGAACUUAAGAACCGUAUUAUCGCUAGGUACUCCUAUGUAGACAAGAACGCCACCCAGCGCGAGUACAAGCCGGUGGUACCAAAGAUGGAGCCGCGCAAGCUCGUCCGCUAUCGGGACAACAAGAUCGUAUCUCUUAAGGGCGAGCGAUACACCGAGAUCAAGCGUGACGAAGAUGCUGAGUUAAAAAAACCCAAGAAGCAGAUUCAACCGUAACUAAAGAGGAACAAAACCCUCUUCAAGUAUUUUAUCAAGAAGCAAAUUAAUCCACACCCCAGUAACUUAUCCGCACCCACGACUCCGAUCUUCGCCAGCAGCAGUAGCUGCGGUUUCACCGGCAGCACCUGCCAAUUCGUAUCCGAGCACAAUUUAUGCAAUCAGAUGCAUAUUGUUUGGCUGUCCGCCGCCAAAAGCCAUGCCAGCACCUUCCCCAGCUCCAUACCAGUGAUUCCCGCCAAGCUUAGCCAACGUUUAGAUGCUUCCCAAAACGACGACGAUGAGCCAAGAGAGUUCAGAGACAAAGACGAGCCACCGAGCACAGCGAAUCGGUUCCCAUAUGCGAGUGAGUUUGGUCAGGAGUUUGUCGCAUCGGCAGGCAUGCUUGUGAUACUGUUGCUAAUUGGCCAUUAUCAUUGGACCUCGAAAUCUCAUCACGCCCAUCCUCAUGACAAAGACAGAAAGACUUUACAUACCAAAUUAGUUGAUAGUUAUGCUUUAGGACUACUCGCUUAUGAAAAUUUUAAGAGCCCAUCCGCCGCGGUGGCUGCCUAUUUAUGAGUCCCGUUUCUGGGAGCAGGCGGUCCGGACGGAUCUGGACGUGUACUUGUAUUCGUUGCCAGUCGUCGAUUAUGACGACUGGGGUCGCGCCUGCGCUGUGACUUCUCCUUAGUUCCUUACGCAAGCGAAUUCAAAUCGAACCGUAUCUGUGAAAAUCGUGAAUCUCAAAUUCUUAAAAGUCCUCGAACAGUAUUGUUAAACCUCCAUCGUACCCAAAGAUCAGACGCAGGUGCGACAUCCAACCCGAAUUUGGCGCUCAAAUAGACUUAUUUAGACGUUUUUAGGUACUCGAAUUGAUGAAUUUUUUUGGCCGUGUGCGUGUUUUAAAAACGCAGCUGCAUAAGAAACUUGCCAUAUCUGUUUAAGAUUUGUUAAACCAUUUUGUAUCCAGUAACUCGUUUUGUUUUCCUCUGGUCCAAGCAAACUAGCAACAGUAAUCUAGCAACAAUGCCACCAAAGCCACAUGCAACACAAACUAGUCCUCACCGCCCACUGAGAUAUCUGGAACCCAUAACAAUUCGGCUACUGCUCGGUGUAAGACAGCAAUACUAACAAUAAUCUAAACGUAUUCAACAUAUACACAUGUAUGAACUAAUCGAAUAAUCAACUAUUUAUAUAGCGUAGCCUAACCCCAAAUCCUUCCCAAUGAUUGUAACGAUUGUAACCUACAAUAUCACGGCAGUCCCACGCCCGAUUCAUGUUAGAUUUAAGCAACCGGAAUAUUGUUUGGCAGUUUUUUAAAUUGUAACUUUUUGUUUGAGACAAAAAACUAUCAGUUAUUUCAAUAAUAAUUUUAUUUCCUUUAAGUUAAAAGUUAAAUCUAAUUAUUUACCUUAAGUUUUAAGUCUCGACCACCGCUUAUGAUUACGUAACAAGUUGCAUUUUUAGCACCUCGAGUUCUCUGAUUUCAGUUCAGCACUAUACGAUCGGUGCUUCAAUCAUCAUAUAUAUUUGAAUUUGCGUUUAUCUGGUUUUGGUUUGAUAUUAACAUUUUAUAUUUUUAAAUUUUAUAUAUUAUUUUUGUGAUAUUAGCGUAAAAACCAACUUAAAGAAAAGGCGAAAAUCUCGAUUUAAACUUUUAAAAUUAUUAAAUAAACUACUAUCAAUAUUUAACUCAAAA